CGCCAUCGCCAUUUUGGCGGGCGGUCCCAAUGAUUAGCCAAGCAAGGGAAGUUUGCAAAGUAAGCCCCUCAGCCCUCCUUUUUAGUCGGCUUUGCGAGUGUACAAUUAUGUUCACUCCGGGACCUGAAACUCCCCAUUAAUUCAAUUUGUGACGAUUGUAUGUCUGCUAAGAAAAGUCUGCAAAAACUUAAAAACAACAUCAAUGGAGAAGUCAACAUACAAGUGCUAAGGGCCACCAUCGCUAUUACAACCGCCAUCAUGUCUAUUCCUACCGGGGCUGAGUCGCUUAUGUUGAUUUCUUCAAGCAUUCCGACUAACCGGAACUGCACCAUUGAGACUACAAAUUAUUGCAGUUCCCAUGUUCUCGUCAACCCAAAGGUCCACAUGCACAGUGGCUACAACUUAAGUCCCUUGGAGCCUACUGUAGGACCCUCAAAGAGAGACGUCAGCACGUUCACCAAGACCGCCGGUACAGCAAGGGGAGCUGUUGGUGUUUUCACCUAUGAGCUCUUCAAUCCCUCCAAUAAUAAUGAUACUGAGAUAAUAGCUGUCAUGUUCUCUGUGCCCUUUGACUAUAACUUGUACUCCAACUGGUUUGCAGUGGGAAUCUUUAACAACUGCAAACUAUGUGAUCAAACUCUUUAUCAUGAGAUGUAUAACAGUGUGGAGAGAAAAUUUGUUAGGGGUGAAGGAGAUGGCUCCAGUAUCACUUAUAAAGGUGAUCAUGUGACCAUCAAGGCCUCCAUGUCAUGCGGUAGUAGCGCAGUCAUGAAGGUGGAGGUGUGUGACAGUUGAGAGCGUAGUCAUUACUAACCUUAAAACACUGAUGGUGUCUAACUGUAUGACUCAUAUGUGAAGAUCUGAAGUUCAAUUAACAAUUUCAAUGUGAUGUUUCCAGAAUAACUUAAAUACUAAUCAAUAAAUGGCAAACUAAACUGAGAAUGGGUUUGGUUCUGCCUUUAUGAAAACAAGGCAAACAUUAUACUGAACUAAUGAAAUGUAUGUUGUUUUUAUUUUGCACAGAGUAGCUGACUUGACAACAAUGUUAAAAUGAAUAAAUUUAUCCAGUUCAGAUAUACUGUAAAAAUAUGCAUUUUGCUGCUUCAUUCAAGUUCAAAGUUAAAUUGCCACGUGCACAGGAUACAACAGGUUUAAUAGUGUGAAAUUCAUACUAUGUGAGCUCUUUCCCAACAAUGCAAUGAUAAUAAUAAUAAUAAUAAUAAUAAUAAUAAUAAUAUGAAAUGGGAGGUUCGGAUCCUGGAUGCUGAAUGGUUGAUAUGCAGGAAUUGUUAUGCAGUUGAUAUGCAGGAAAAGUACCAUGUGUUAAUCUCAUAAUUCUACUGUACCGGAGCAGCACUGUACAAGGCAGAACAUGAAUAAACUUAUUCUCCCUCUGAAAAAA